CGCCCAUUGACCGCUGGAGAUCGAGCGAGCAGCGAUGGAUGAAGAGGAGCAGAUGCGAGAGCGACGCUCUUCCUCGCCUCCCUACAGCCCCAAAGGCGAUCGAUCUCCUCGCCGCAGCCGCAGUCGCAGCCGGAGCCCGCUCUCGUCACGCUCACGCUCGCGCUCGCGCUCGCAUUCGCGCUCCCCCGGUCCCUCGCAGCAGCAACACCACCACCACUCGCACCCCCAUCGUCCUCACCUCGCCGACCGGACCGCCCUUCGCAUCUCGGGCCUAACGCGGCCCAUCGUCGAGGAGCACCUCGACGCCAUCUUUUCGAGCUACGGCAAGCUGGCGCACGUCUUUCUGCCGCGCUUUGCUCGCUCGGGCGAGAACCGCGGCGUGGGCUACGUCGACUUUAGCUCGGUGCGCGGCGCCCAGCUCGCCGAGGCCAACAUGGACGGCGGUCAGAUCGAUGGGGCGAUUGUGCGUGUCGAGCUCGUCGACGUCGAGGACAUCAGGAGGGCAGCAGCAGGCUCGCGAGCGUACGAGGAGAGGGAGAGGGAGAAGGGGAAGGAGAGGGGAGCGAGGAGAUGGAGCGGCUACGAUGCUGCGGCGCGAUACGAUCGGCCGACCAGGAGGGAGGGCUAUGGUCAGCGGCCACCACCACCGCCACCACGAUCGCGUUCGCCUGUCAGUCGAAAGAGGCGUAGCAGCCCGAGUCCCCCACCGUCUGAUCGGAGCCGGAGCCCAAGCCCCCGUAGAGCAAGAAGUCGUAGCCGGGAUCGAGAUCAGGACCGCAUCAUGAGCACCUCGAGGUCGAGCAGGGGCAGGAGCAGGGGCAGGAGCAGGGGCAGGAGCAGGAGCAGGAGCAGGAGCAGGAGUGGCAGUAGAAGUCGCAGUCCGGUGCGAUGAUAAUGACACAGCAAUUAUACAAUUGAGUCUUUGUGCGAUGAGAAUCACAGAAACAUUGGGUGUGGGGGCCUGUACUGUUACAAAACCUGAAACAAGAA